CACAUACAUAUACAUACACACACAUACUCAUACUCAUACUCAUACUCAUACUCAUACACAUACUCAUACUCGUACAGUUUCCUCUGACCUGGUAUGAGUGAGCUCUGUGAGCGCAUAGAGGUCAUCCUUGAGGCCAUCCGUGGCUUUGCCCGCAGCCGCAAGACAAGGGCCAACCAGGCUGGACAACCUGGACAGCCUGGACAACCUGGACAACCUGAACAACCUGGGCAAGUUAGAUCGGAUGGCGGUGGUGGUGAUGUUGGUGCUGGUGAUGAGGCUGAUGAGGCUGAUCAUCGUCGUCCGGGCUUGGAUGAGACUGGUACCACUUCUGCUGCUGGCCCUGCUGGCUCUGCGGCUCCGGCUGCUGCUGCGACGCGUGAUGAUCUGGAUGCGUUCUGGGCUCCGCUGUUUGAGGAGACCUUUGUGGCAUUGGAUGAUCCAGAUAGAGAUGAUCUGGUCUUCUACGUCUGGCGCCAGGAGGCGCUGAAGGCGAGAAGAGAGGCUGUGGGCGGCAAGGGUAAGGGUAAGGGCAAGAGCAAGGGCAAGGGUAAGAGCAAAUGGAAGGAUGAUGGCUCAGAUCAGGUUGAGCCGUACUUUGUGGUCCGGCGAGGCGCAGCGUCGGCGCCGGUCAUUGGCGAUCCGGAAAUCAACUGGGAGGCCACGUUCUAUCUGAAUCUGGUGCUGAACCAGAUGGAGUAUAUGUUGGUGGUGGCGGUGUGCAAGGCGGCCCAGUCGCGAGUGUGGGAGCAGGCUGUCUCAGUCACGUCGUAUCCGGUCUAUGCCUCGCCGACCUCGCGCCAGAUGGACGUCAAGGGCUCGGCCGUCGCCGUGUCGUACCCGCAGCUCACAUUUACCGUCGACAACUUUGAGGAGAUCUUUGGCGCGACGUACUUGCUCGAAGACGAGGUCCUCGCCAUCGAGCUCGUCGCCUGGGUUCGCGGCGGCUCGCUCAAUGAGCUCGGCGUCAUCUUCCAGGGCGUGGUCGGGUACGACAAGCUGGCCAGCGCGUUCCGCAAGCGGGUGGCGCGGUCGGCGGCUAAGCUAUCGCGGCGCAAGGCCGAGGCGCGGGCCAAGGAUCAGGUCGAGUUUCUCAUGCUCCGCGGCGCCGACGAGAAGGGCCGCGCCCAGGUUGCUACGUCGGCUUAUUGGAUGGACUGGCAGACUGAUGAAGCUGCCGCCGCUGAGGCUGCCGCGGCGAGUGAGGCCAAUGUGGGCGCCAAGAAGAAGUCGUGGCGGAGCACGUUUUCAUCGAUCGCCAAGGCAGCUACGGGCACUGUGGCCUCGCUGUCGCGGGCGGGUGGAGGCGGAGGAAAGGCCAAAGCGAAGAAGGCGGUGCCAGAGGUUCUGAACGCCUCGCGCAUGCUCAAUGCCUUUGUCACAUACGUGUCGGCGCCGUGGACCCACAUUGUGCGGCAGGCGCUCUCGCGUGGGACUCACGCGGCCGUGCUUGAUCCACACGUCUUUCGGGCACGCCGAGCCGAGGUUGCUGGGGGCGGCACUGAUGAUGCUGACGGCGACCAUGGUGAGGUUGCCGACGACGACGAGAACAACAACGACAACGAUGGUGAGGUUGCCGACGACGAUGGCGACGACGACGAUGGCGAGAUCACCGACAACAAUGACGAGCUUGCCGACAUCGACAACAACAACGGUGAGGUCGGCAAGUAACCCUUAAUGGUACGGUCGUUUGGACGCGUUGUCGCGCGUCUCAAAGUGAACAACUCGAUGAUGCUUGACUUGCAGCUCACCGGCCGACGCUGCGCGACGCCUGCUCGGCCUGCGGCUUGAGGUGAGACGCGCGCCCGUACGUGAUGGCGGCCGACACGUAGACACCCGCCUGAAGGAUGCCACGCCCCGCCAUGACUCGCGUGGCUUUUCUCCACGACAUCAUCGACACCCUCGCUGCCAGCGCCGACGCUGUCAGCUCCGCGCCGUCGCGCAAGCGGAAGCGUCCCUCUGAAGCGGCUGCUCG